CAUAUUUUCCUAGUUUCUAUUUUGCUUUUGUUUAAGGUGGUGUGACAUUUUUAAAAUAAUGAAAGAUCAUGCGGAAAAUGACAGAAUUGUUAUCACGGGAAUUUCCGGGAAAUUUCCCCAGUGUGCAAAUGUUGAAGAGUUCAAGGAAGCUCUUUUCGGUGGUGUAGAUUUAGUCAAAGAAGAUAGUCAGAGAUAUCCAGCUGGUAUUAUGGGCGUUCCAAAGAGAAGCGGGGUUCUUUUGGAGAUAGAUAAAUUUGAUGCAUCCUUCUUCGGCAUUCAUCCUAAACAGACGGAUUUUACAGAUCCACGACACCGAAUUCUUCUAGAAACUGUAUACGAAAGUAUCAUUGAUGCUGGCUAUAAUCCAGCGGAGCUUAGAGGGUCUAAAACUGGAGUCUACGUAGCAAUAGGUAGCUUUAACUGCUACGAAGAAUUCCACAAAGAAAAAAGCACAGGUGGUUAUACUAUUAUCGGUGCUAACUUAUCUGUGGCUGCUAACCGAGUUUCAUACUGCUUUGACUUUAAAGGUCCAAGCUUUGCUUUGGAUGCUGCAUGUUCGAGUAGUACAUAUGCUUUUGUCUGCGCGAUUAAGGACAUGUUGUUAGGAGAAACUGAUAGUGCUAUAGUUUGCGGUACACAAUUAUUUCAACAUCCUUUUGAAACAGCAGAGUUUAUGAGGCUAAAUAUGUUGUCGCCAGAAGGUAAAUGUAAGGUGUUCUCAACCAAUCGAGAUGGAUACGUACGAGCAGAAACUGUAGUUAGUUACUUUUUGCAAAGAGAGAGUAAAAGCAGACGAGUAUAUGCCACUGUUCUUGCAGCUAAGUCCGCUACAGAUGGCUUCAAGGAAGAGGGAAUUACUUAUCCUUCUAUCGAAGAACAAUUUAUCCUAAUGAGAAACUUAUAUGAUUCUAUUAACGUAGAUCCAGAUACCAUACAGUAUGUAGAGGCACAUGGAACAGGUACUCCUGUUGGUGACAUAAUUGAAUGUGAAUCUCUCAGAAAACAUUUCUGCCAGAAAAGAAACGAACCUUUACUUAUUGGGUCUGUCAAAUCAAACAUGGGUCACUCCGAAGUUGCUUCAGGAUUAUGUUCUUUAACAAAAGCAGUUAUUACUAUGGAAGAAGGCAUGAUACCGGCAAAUAUCCAUGCUGAAUCCCUAGAUAGUUCCCUGCCUGGACUAAAAGAAAACCAGUUAAAGGUUGUUACAAAAAAUACUAAAUUCAACGGUGGUAUUAUCGGAGUCAAUUGUUUUGGAUUUGGAGGAGCAAAUACACAUAUUGUUAUAGAUUCAAACAAAAAAGAAAAAUCUGCUAUCGUCUAUAAACGACCUAAGAAUCGUUUAGUUCAAUUUUCUGGGAGAACAGAAGAAGCAGUAUUACAUUUUUUGGAUGGUGUGGAAAAGAACCAAGACGAUCCAGAGUUUCUAGCCAUGGUAGAUGAAAUUCAUAAACUUAAUAUUAAGGGACAUACAUACAGAGGCUAUACGGUAUUAGGAGAACAUCAGAUCAAAGAAAUUGGAAAAUACAACAAAAAGAGACCAAUCUGGUUCGUAUAUACCGGCAUGGGAUCUCAUUGGAACAAAAUGGGAAGAGAUUUAUUAAAUAUUCCCAUAUUUAAAAACACUAUAACUCGUUGCGCCAGAGUUUUAGAGCCAUAUGGUAUCGAUUUGAUUAAUGUUAUCACCAGUGAAGAUCCUAGAGUGUUUGAUAAUAUUACCAAUAUCUUCUGUGGUAUAGGAAGUAUAGAAAUUGCUUUAACAGAUUUAUUGCAUUCAUUAAAUAUUUAUCCAGAUGGAAUAUGUGGACAUUCCUUAGGAGAAGUUGGUUGCGGUUAUGCUGACGGCCAGGUUUCUGUUGAACAAGCAACUUUAUUAUGUUACGCGAGAGGAUACGCUUCGUCCAAUAGUACUAUUAUCCCAGGUCAAAUGGCAGCUAUUGGAUUGAGUAAAGGAGAGGUCUCUAAGAUGCUUCCACAGGAUAUUUUUGUUGCUUGUCAGAAUGCCAAAGAAAGUGUAACGAUAGCAGGACCCCGGGAAGAAACUAAGGCUUUUGUAGAACAACUAUCAGCGAAAGGAAUUUUUGCAAAAUUGGUAAAUUCAGGAGGAAUACCGUAUCAUACGAAAUACGUAAAAGAAGCUGGGGACUUAUUUUUAGACUUCUGUAAACUAGUUUUGCCUGACCCUAAACCACGAAGUGAAAAGUGGGUAUCAAGUUCUGUUCCUGAGUCCAAAAAGCACGAGAAAUGGGCACAGUUAAAUUGUGCUGAAUACCAUCACAAUAAUUUUUGUAACCCCGUGUUGUUCGACCAAGUUUAUAAUCAUAUUCCUAAAAAUGCAAUUGUUAUAGAGGUUUCUCCGCAUGGUUUAUUACAAGCGAUCUUGAAACGAGAAAUGGGACCAGAAGCUACCCAAAUAUCUAUUACCAAUAGGUCGAGUGGAGAUAAUGAGAAAUUUUUCCUGUCAGCAUUAGGGAAAUUCUAUCUUGCUGGUGGGCAACCAAAUUUAAGAAAAUUAUACAACGAAGUUACUUUUCCCGUCAGUCGUGGAACUAAAAUGUUAUCAUCCCUCGUAAAGUGGGAUCAUAGUGUAUCAUGGUUCAGUAAAAGAUAUGAACACAAAAAUUCUUGUGGAAUAUCAGUAAAUGUUAGCCUAUCCGAUGAAGAAUUUGCUUAUUUAGAGGGCCAUCAAAUAGAUGGGAGGAUUUUAAUGCCGGCAACCGGAUAUAUUGAUUUAAUCUGGAACGUCAUAGCUGAGUUUAAUUUAAAGAAUAAGGAGGAGUUGCCUAUUAUAAUGGAAAAUAUUAAAUUUAAACGAGCCACUAUCGUAACAGAUGGAGAAGGUGUGACGUUUAAUAUAACUGUAAUGAAACAAUCAGGCUAUUUUGAAAUUUUCGAAAGUGGGGCCGUGGUUUGUACAGGAUAUGUACGAGUUCCCAAAGACGUAUCAUCAGAGUUUAAAGAAAAAGACGGUUUAAAGGUGUCCAAUAGUCAAGAAAUUACAUUAGAAGAACAUGACAUAUAUCAAGAGUGUCAGCUGAGAAGGUACAUGUAUAAGAACUAUUUUAGAGGACUAACGGAAUGUGAUUUAAGUGGGCGAAAUGGCAGAGUUCAGUGGAAAGGAAAGUUUGGCAGCUUUUUUGAUACGAUGCUGCACAUAACUAUAAUCGGAAUGUGCUCUAGAGAUUCGCUUCUUCCAACUAGUAUUCGGCAGAUAACUGUAGAUCCCAUUAAACACAUGGAAAUGGUCGACAAGAAUAAGGAAGAGCUACCCAUCACUUACAACACUUGUCAAAACAUAAUAAAAUCUGGAGGCGUAGAAAUUAUUGGAACAGAAUACUCCAAAGCACCACGUCGUCAACACACGCAGGAACCCCCAUAUUGUGAAACUUACAGUCUAGUUAAUUACAGCGAAACUGCUGCCGAGUAUGACUUAGAGACUGCCAUGUCAACAGCGAUGCAAAUAAUCCUGCAAAAUAACACAGGGACGGUUAAGCAGGUAAAGAUUUGUGAAAUUAUGCCAACUCAAGGUAAUAGAGAAAUAGAUCCGAUUGUUAAAAAUAUUAUGGCUAAACAAGUAUUAAGUAAAAUUGAGUAUUUCAGUAGCCGCUUAGAAAAUUUAAAAGACAAAUUCCAAGCCAUUAUUAUUAACGACAAAGAAGUACAGCUGGAAGAAUUAAAUAAACUAGUAAAUAAUCUGACAGAAAAUGGUUUCAUUCUAUUUAAAGGUUCCUUCGAACAUACUAGGCAUUCGUCUUUAGAAAUAAUUUUUGAGUCAGUUCUCGAUAACGACAAAGUGUAUCUUUUAAAGCCAACAACUGAAGUGUCCAAAAAUUAUGCUGUUCUAAACAUAAGCAACACAAACUUAGAUUGGUUGGAAAAUCUCAAGAAUUUAGGUAAAAUUAACGAAGAAAAAACCGUAUACUUAGUCAGUCAAAACGAAGAUUUCAGCGGAAUAAUAGGAUUGACCAAGUGUUUAUUAACUGAAACUACUAAGUUAAGAUUUCGUGCAUUUUUCAUUGAUCAACAUGGAAGUAAGUUUUCCGUAAACGACCCUUUCUAUAAAAAUCAGAUUAAAAAGGACCUUACUUUCAAUGUUCUGAGCAACAACAAAUGGGGUACUUAUGUCCAUUUACCUUUAAGAGAUUUAAAUAAGCAAACUGUUGGCAAUGCUGCCGUCGAUAUAAGCACCCUGGGUGAUUUGUCUACAAUAGAAUGGACUGAAAUGGCUUUCGAGGGUAGGAGGGUAACUGAAGAAUCUGAAAUGGUUUAUGUCUAUUAUUCUGCGCUCAACUUCAGAGAUGUCAUGGUUGCUCUCGGUAAGGUUCCCAUAGACAGCAAUGAUAAUGUUCCCACCAAAAGUUCUGGCAUGGGAUUGGAAUUUUCUGGAAUAUCGGCCAGUGGUAAACGGAUAAUGGGUUUUGUUAAUGGUGACGCUUUAGCAUUGCAAGUUCAAUAUGACCCAUACUUUACUUGGGAAAUACCUAACGACUGGAGUUUACGUGAAGCAUGUACUAUCCCUUGCGUUUAUGCAACAUGCUAUUAUGGACUGAUUAUGAGGGGGCAAAUGCAGCCUGGGGAAUCCAUCCUAAUACAUGCUGGAACGGGAGGAAUUGGUUUAGCUGCUAUAAAUAUUGCAUUGUCCAUGGACUGUGAGGUGUACACCACAGUCAGUACAAAAGAAAAGAAGGAUUUUUUGAAAAGUAUCUUUCCGUCAAUUAAAGAUGAAAACAUAGGGAAUUCGCGGGAUCUAUCUUUCGAAAUAAUGAUCAAGAACAACACAAACGGAAGAGGUGUUGAUUUAGUACUAAACUCCUUAGCAGACACUAUGUUCCAAGCAUCAAUGAGAUGUGUAGCUCCAGGAGGAAGAUUUAUAGAAAUUGGCAAGGUCGAUUUAAUGAAUUCCUCGCCGAUACCUUCCAGUAUGUUUCUGAAAAAUAUAUGUUUCCACGGAGUUCAUCUUGACAAAUUAUUUAGUUUUGAUGAUAGAGCACAACGUCAAAUCCAGCAACUGGUUGCAAAAGGUAUCGCUGAUGGUGUUGUAAAACCUCUACCAAAUGUUUUGUUUGAGGAGAAUGAAGUGGAGUCUGCAUUUAGAUUCCUAGCAUCUGGUAAACAUAAAGGGAAAGUAUUAAUUGAAAUUCGUAAAGAGGAGCUCUAUUCUGCGAGUAAACCUAUAAGAUCAAUACUCGCAACUCCAAAAGUAUGUCUCGAUUCGCAGCAAUCCUAUAUCGUAACAGGAGGUUUGGGUGGCUUGGGAUUGGAGUUGGCUGGGUGGUUGAUUCAAAAAGGAGCCACUAGGAUUGUGUUGAAUUCCAGAAGAGAUCUACUUAACGGAAAACAAGCUUAUCAUUUUAGGAAGUGGUCAAAUUAUAAGAAUAUUACAGUAAAGGUAGAUACUAGUGAUACUAGUACCGAAGAAGGAGCUGAUAGUCUCAUUCGGUUUGCCCAACAGUUAGGUCCAGUUGGAGGUAUUUUCAACUCUGCGCUGGUAUUAAAAGACCAAUUUUUCCUGUACCAAACUAAAGAAAACUUUUAUGAAGUAUUUAAGCCUAAAAUCUUAUCGGCUCAAAACAUUGACAAAUGCAGCCGAAAACUUUGUCCGGACUUAAACUAUUUCGUAGUAUUUUCGUCCAUUUCUACCGGAAGAGGAAAUAUUGGACAAAUUAACUACGGAAUGGCUAAUUCGGCGAUGGAGAUGUUGUGUGAGAAACGUAGAAGAGAAAAUCUACCCGCGGUGGCUAUUCAAUGGGGGCCUAUAGGGGAGGUCGGAAUCUUACAAAAAAUGGGAAUUGAAGAAAGGGUAUUUCAUGAUAUCUUACCUCAAAAUUUAGAUUCGUGUUUGAAUACCUUGGAACGAUUUAUGGUAGACGAGUACGUAAUAGGAUCUAGCGUGGUAAUCAGUGAGAGAGAUGACCAAAUGGGUAAACAAAAGACCAAAACACCAGUCGAAGCUGUAGCUCAUAUUUUAGGAAUAAAAAAUCUUGAUACAAUCGAUAAGUCAUUGACUUUGUCACAGCUUGGCCUAGAUUCUCUUAUGGUAACAGAAAUUAAACAAACCCUCUAUCGAAACUUUAAUAUAGAUUUAAGUCCUGAAGAAAUCCGAGAGCUCACGUUGAAUUCACUAGUUGCUUCAGAUUCUACUAAAAAUGAAGAUAUUUCUUUCGGUGUACAAGUUGAAGCAAAUACAUAUCUUAUAUCCGAUGAUCCUUUAAUAAAACUACGUGACUCAAAAAGUUCGAAUACGAAUAUUUUUGUAAUUCAUCCAAUUGAAGGCCAUGUCAAUGUGUUAAGACCUCUCGGAAGUAGAUUAAAUGCCACAGUUUAUGGUCUUCAAUGUACAAGUGAUACUGAGAUGAAUACUAUGAAUGAUUUUGGAAAGUACUUUGUCAAAAAAAUUAAAGAAGUACAACCUAAAGGACCCUACCAUCUAUGUGGGUACUCAUAUGGAUGUGCUCUAGGCACAGAAAUUGGAAUACAGCUAGAGAGUGCUGGUGACCAAGUUGAUGUAGUAUAUAUUGAUGGUUCACCAUCAAUGGUCCAUGAAGUUCUCAAAGUCACGCAUAUAACGAAAGGAAAUUCGGUCGAGAAUUCCAAGGAGGCCAUUUUGGAGAAUUUCUGUAUGACGUUUCCUCAAGUAGAACAAAAAGAGAUAAAGGCAUGUUUAAGUAAUGAAAAGAGUUUGGACAAAAAACUACAGAGUGCCAGUGAAUUAAUUUCCAAAGUAACGGGAAUAGAUCAAUUAAAAGUUUUAACAUCCGCAAACUCUUUGAUUCAACGGAUAGAAGCAGGAUUCUUCUAUAAACCAUCCAAGAAAUUAUCAGGAAGUACUCUGUUAAUAAGAAGAAAUGAUAAUCCCUUUAGUACGGAAAAUUAUGAUUUAAACCAAGUAUGUAACCAGGCACCCUACAUAGAAAAAAUUGACGGAGAUCACAAAACUAUACUUUUGGGAAAUAACACACAAAAAGUGGCAGAUAUAAUUAACAAAUUUUGUAAAAUAUAAUAUAUAUUUUUGUAAUAAUAUGUAAUACUGUAGCAAUUUUUAAAACUGUAAUAUUUUUAAGCCUUACAUAAACUAAAUGUUGUUGUA